AGACGGCAGAGUGGAAAUUUCACUGAACUUGCUAGAGAUUUCGAUUUUUCCUAACAAUCGUUUCGUAAAGCGACGAUUUCGAUUGUCAUAUUACUUUUAACAAAAUAAAAAUAUUACCAAUCUUUAUUCUGAGUUGAUAUUUUAUUGGAGAAUCGAAAAGUGGUUUCAAAAUGUCCCUGUUUGGAUCUUUGAUGGGCGACGUGGAGGAUGAUCCGUUUUUUGGAUCGCACAUGAGACAUAUGCGCCAAAUGAACAAUAUGAUGAACUCGAUGUUUGCGGAUCCCUUCGGCAUGCUGAGGGACGGCCCGCUCGCCUUAACAGGGUCACGUCAUGGCAGCUCCAUGAUGCCCUUCAUGCCACAAAUGCCAUCCUUGAACAGACUUUUCACAGCUGAUCUCACUGACGGGCACAUGAGUGCAGGCAGCUCUUUCUCUAGCAGCACAGUUGUAAUGUCCAGUGGUCCCAGUGGAAGCCCACAGGUAUUUAGUUCUUCGAGCAGCAUGAAGAUUGGUCCAAAUGGCGUCAAGGAGACACGUAAAACACUGCAAGACUCCCGUACCGGCUUGAAGAAAAUGUCCAUAGGUCACCACAUCGGGGAGCGCGCGCACGUCAUAGAGCGGGAACAGAACGUGUUCUCCGGCGACGCGGAGGAGAGGCAGGAGUUCAUCAACCUCGAAGAGGAGGAGGCCGAGGACUUCGACAGAGAGUUCCAAGAGCGCGCGGGCGCACUGCGGGCGCGCGGCCGCGCCGCGCUGCCGCCCGCGCACGCGCCGCGCCUCGCGCUGCCCGCGCCGCCCGCGCCCGCGCCCGCCGCGCCCGCCCGCCGCCACCGCCCGCAGCCGCGCCGCCCGCUGCGCGCCGCCGCCAGCCCGCUCGCGCUGCCCGCCUCCGGCGUGCGUGAGGUGUACGGCGGAUCCCACCCACAGAGACACAGGCACAAGCACCACAGACACAGGCACUCGCCCAUAGACAACUAAAUCUAUGCGACUUUGAGCGGUAACGACAAUUUCAAACCUGAAUCUGAAUAUUGUGACUAAAUCUGAAUUAUUUGUCUACCACCUACCUUAGUGGUUCGUAAUCGAGAUUAUUUAGAAUAUUUACAGGUAAGAGUACAACGUUGACAUAGAGUAACUAUUUAUCAGCGUUGCAACGAAUAUUCGUCUCCUGUUUUUGGGCUUAGUUAAUUCGACCUAAUACCAAAUACUGAAAACUAAAACACUUUAUUGCCGAAUACCAUAAAUCAACGCUCCCUUAAGGACCGGAUAAUUUAACAAGGCCAUAUGUACUCAUUGAAACUAUUUUACAGCCAUCUAGCGGCCAUGUGAGGAACUAUACUUUAAUUCAUUACAUUGACUAAUUCUCUAAAUACAGAUUUCGAAUAGUUAGAAAAUGUAUUUUAUAAUAAAAUCUCAGGAAGCUCUUUACAUGCAUAAGUCUUCGUCAUAGCCUCUAUGAUGCUGGUAUUUAACUCGUUAUGAGAAUUGUCUUACAUAAAUUCAAGACAAAAUGACGUUUUCUCCAUCUUCUUAAGGAAAUAUGAUGUAUAAAAAUUUUAACAUUUAUAGUUUUAUACAUAUUUUUUUGUCUAAAUGAAUUUGUGAUUUAAUAUAAAUUCAUAGUAAUGGAAUUUCUAGAAAAUGGUACACGAAACGGUUAGCAAAUUAUCUUAUUUUGACGUCGUUACCGCUCAUACUGCGUGUAUAUUAUACGUUUGACAAAAACAAGUAAUAGUAGCAAUUAACACAAAUCCUAGACUUAUAGCCCGUUUACAUUUAAUGAAACAUGAAUCUUAUAUUCUUCCACCGUUAUAAAAUGUAAAACUGCUAAAAUUUCCAGUUUUGUUUUAUCAUUAUUAUUGUAAGUAAAUAUUUUCGUAUUAAAAGUAGAAGCUUAGAUGUUUAAAUUUAGAACUACGUCGUGUUAUUGCAUCUUGAGUAUGGAAGAUAACUCAGUAAAAAAUAUAAAAAAUGUUUUUUUUUUUUAAUAAUUUUUGUGAUACUGGCACAAGGGAUAAUAAAUGUGACUUAUUAAUAAGUGUCCUAUUUGCCCGCCUAAUUUCCUACUAUUUAUAACAAAAUGUCUCUCGUUCUAAAGAUGCGAUAUAUAGUAAUAAUUUCCAUUACUUCGGCAGGAAUAAAUAAUAUAUACGUUUAUUUCAUUGGUACUUUUUGCUGUUAUUUUUAGUUUUAAAAAUGUUUAAUGAAUUUAAGGGUCAGCGUGAAUACUCCUGAUAUGGACCGGCUGCUCAAUUUCAAAGAAACGAAAUUGCGUUUUUGUAUGCUCUCGUGUUCUCACGUGGAUCUCGAUCUGGAAAAUCAUCUGUAAAUAGAACGUGAUUUUCAUCGACCAAAGAAAAUGGGUCCUUGAAAUCGUUUCGUACUUCUGUCCAAGAAACUCAUAUAAAAAAAAAUUAUCUUCUUAAGUUUUAGACGACGGUGAUUUAUCGUUCAUAUAGUAGUUAUAAUCUUAAAUGUGACGAGAGCGAAUAAUUUCGUUGUAGUAUAUGGCAUCAUUAACUAUUAUGUCGAAAAUAAUAUUAUGUUCCAAAACGUUUCUUUAAUACUGGAAAUAUAUUUUCGCCCUUAAAUUCGCCGACAUUAUAAAAUGAAACGUCGCAAUGAACUUGACUCACCAAGCCUCAUAAUACAAAUGGAUCAAAUGUUAUAACAUAAAUCUUAUACUCUCUUCUCAUUUUAAACUUUUUGUUUAAAAAAAAAAAUUAAAAUUUAUAAGGACCACAAGCGACAAAUUGACUUAAAUUUUGUUUAUGUUUUUUUUUAUAAUAGUCCUAUUAUUUUACAGGCUAAUACUUGAUCCAUUUAUAUUAUUAUUUUAUGUAUAAGUAUGUUUAAGAAUAAAUAGUUAAUAGUCGUGUAAUCUCUUAGUGUAAUUUAUGGAAAUUUUAGUAUCCCGUGAUUUCAAGAUGGCACAAAGUAAGGGUGCUGGACAAGCGAAUCGCCCAUUCCUGAAUUAAAUUAUUUUUAUUUUAUAUGUGUUUUUUAAGCUACUCUGUAUAUUCAGAUACGUAUUGCGAUUUUCUUUUGUUUAAUAGAUGAAGCUGUUUAGUGAAUUAAUACAAGAUUAUCUUUAAUGUAAAAAAAAUCUAGACGUUUCUAUGUAAAUUUGGAAAUCGUAGUUCUGAGAUAAUUGUUUCUCUUAUACUGAACGAACGCGGAAUUUCGUAACUUGGUAAUCCUAUGAAAAUAUUUUUAGAUAUAAUAUUGAUGUUAGCGUAAGAGAACCAACAAUUCUUAUUAUUCGUGUGAUCCUAAAAAUAAAUUGGUAGCUAAGAAA